CACACUGAACACUGAACAAACUGCUCUCUCUGUCUGCCACACACACAUUGAUCUCUGCAGUCUGUCCACACUCUCUCUCCUGGUCAGUGUCCUGUGGUUUGGAUGUCUGUCAGCAGCUGAUUUCAAAGGGAUUUUUUUUAUUCGGGAGUGUUUUAUUCAGGUGGAGAGAGGAAGAGGAUGUCAGAAAGCCGAGUGACGAUGGAGAUGGAGGUGAAUGGAGCCGCCAAACAAAGGUCUGCAGGUUCGGGCCGACAGCUGCACGGUGCCACUGUCAGUUUCCACGACCUUCACUACAAGGUGACGGUGGGAGGGAACUGUUUGUGUCGGAAGAAGGGGACGGUCAAAGACAUCCUCAUCGACCUCAAUGGGUCCAUGAAGCCCGGUCUUAACGCCAUCAUGGGAGCGACAGGAAGCGGCAAGUCAUCGUUUCUGGACGUUUUGGCCGCCAGGAAAGAUCCUGCAGGUCUGUCCGGAGAAGUUUUGAUCGACGGAGCUCCUCAGCCCCCAAACUUCAAGUGUCUCUCUGGAUAUGUGGUGCAGGACGAUGUGGUGAUGGGAACACUGACGGUCAGAGAGAACUUCAGCUUCUCUGCGGCUCUACGUCUCCCGUCAUCCAUCUCUCAGGAGGAGAAAGAGCAGAAAGUCAACAAACUGAUCCAGGAGCUGGGACUGACCCGAGUAGCCGACUCCAAGGUCGGCACCCAGCUUAUUCGUGGGAUCUCCGGCGGCGAGAGGAAGAGGACGAACAUUGGCAUGGAGCUGAUCAUCGACCCGACCGUCCUCUUCCUGGACGAACCCACCACUGGUCUGGAUGCCAGCACGGCCAACUCUGUGCUGCUGCUGCUCAAGAGGAUGGCGAAUAACGGUCGCACCAUCAUCCUGUCCAUCCACCAGCCUCGCUUCUCCAUCUACCGCCUGUUCGACAGCCUCACUCUGCUGGUCAACGGCAAACAGGUUUACCAUGGACCAGCACAGAGCGCUCUGGAUUACUUCUCAGACAUUGGAUACACCUGUGAGCCUCACAAUAAUCCUGCUGACUUCUUCCUCGACGUCAUCAAUGGAGAUUCGACUGCAGUUCUCAGUAACAUGGACACAGAAGAUCCAGAUUCAGACACGGUUAUGAAGUCCAAACGAAGUAUUGAGGAUAAACUGGUGGAGGAAUACAGAAACUGCCACUACUUCAAACAGACCAAAACAGAGCUGGAAAGGAUAAUAGCUGGAAAGCCAACGACCACCCCGUCUCGCUCCCGGACCAUCACAUACAACACCGGCUUCCUGACGCAGUUCAGAUGGGUUCUCAAGAGAACGUUCCGCAACCUGAUGCUCAACCCUCAGACCUCCGUCGCUCAGGUUAUAGUAACAACGUUCCUCGCUCUGGUGGUUGGAGCUAUCUUCUUUGACGUCCAGAACGAUCAGAGUGGGAUGCAGAACAGGUUUGGCGCUCUCUUCUUCAUCUGUGUGAAUCAGUGUUUCAGCUCCCUGUCGUCUGCUGAACUCUUCAUCGCGGAGAGAAAACUCUUCAUUCACGAGUACAUCAGCGGUUACUACAGGCUGUCCGUCUACUUCCUGUGUAAGAUGCUGUCUGACAUCAUCACGCUGAGGACCAUUCCCGCCGUCGUGUUUAGCUGUGUGGCGUACUUCAUGAUCGGUCUGAAGCCGACAGUUGAAGCCUUCUUCCUCUUCAUGUUCACUGUGAUGCUCGUCUCCUACACGGCCACCUCGAUGGCUCUGGCUAUCUCAGCCGACCAGACGGUGGUGGCCAUCGCCAACAUCUUCAUCACCAUCUCCUACGUCUUCAUGAUGAUCUUUGCAGGUCUGCUGGUGAAUCUUCCCUCUAUCGUCAGCUGGCUGGCCUGGUUGAAAUACCUAAGUAUACCACGAUAUGGCCUCAGUGCUCUGCAGAUUAAUGAGUUUACUGGGCUGAACUUCUGUCCGUCAAACAGCAGCGACAUUCCACCUGGAAUUGCUUGCACAGGGGAAGCUAUUCUGGCUGAGCAGGGUGUGGAUUACUCCACCUGGGGUUUGUGGCAGAACCACGUAGCUUUGGGCAUCAUGACCAUAAUCUUCCUCACCAUCACAUACCUCAAACUGCGCUUCAUCAGGAAGUUCACAUAGACCUUCAUCACCACCACCACCACCACCACCAUCAUCAUCCUCAUCAUGUUAGUAGAAUCUGAGAGGAAUAAAUCUGAGCCAGCACAGACCUUUUCUUAGAUAUGAUGUAUAUUUUACUGAGGUCUGUUAAAUCAUAUGAUGAAAUGUAACUUUAAUCCUCCAGAUCUCUAACACAGAUUAUUUGUUUGUAAAAUGAUAUUUGAUUGUUAUAGAGGCAUUAUUAAUUAUUUUGUUCACUCCUUACUAACACCAAAGCACUUCAGUGUAUUAACUAAUGAAGAUCUACAGUAUGAUUUUGCACUUUACAGUUAAGAGUUAAAGAAAUAUUUUUUUUCAUCUCACAAAUACAAACAAAUUUAUAUUUAUGAUUUUUCUAAAUAAACUGCUGUA